AUGGAUCCCUCUCCAGAACAAGUUGCUGCCAUGGUUGCAAAAUAUCCUUCGCUGAAAAAGGUCGUCGAGUCAGGCAUCGCGACCGACGACGGCCGCGAAGAGAAGCUGCUCUCUUUCAUCCUUUCCCAUCCCGACCUAGAGACCAUCAGAGGAUCUCCGUCCAAGAUUCUCGCAGCCAUGGAUGAAUUCUCCGGCAAACACGACUUCCUCAUCAACAUUGGCGACAACAAGGCCAAAAUUUUAUACGACCUGCUUAACGAGGAGAAGCCGCAGACGCUCGUCGAGCUAGGCGGCUAUGUUGGAUACUCUGCCAUUCAUUUCGCAGACACCAUGCGACGUUACAGCAAACCAGACGCAAAGCCCCGCGUUUUCAGCCUGGAGAUGAAGGCCGAGUUUUCCGCCAUUGCCAGGCAGCUGAUUGAGCUUGCAGGGCUUUCGGAUAUCGUGACGGUCGUUACCGGCCCUGCAGAGGAAUCGAUUCGGAAGCUGCACAAGGAUGGCACCUUGUCGAACAUUGACUUUUUAUUCCUUGAUCAUGUCGAGUCCCUGUAUACCCCUGAUUUCAAGGCCUGUGAAGAACUUGGGCUCCUCAAAAAGGGUGCUGUUAUCACGGCCGAUAAUGUUGUGAGGCCAGGCGCGCCUGAGUAUCGCGAGUUUGUCAGGAAUCAUGCCAGAUUGCAGAGUACCGGAGUGAAGGCGCUGAUACAGCCUGGAGACAUUGAUGAUGAAAUGGAAAUUAGUCGUGUGAUCAACUAG